CUAAAGAGAGUGGGCGUGCGGUUUCCUCUGGGGCGAUCUGAUUUCUCUGGGAGCAUGCUUAAGGCACGCUUAGGAGAAAUCAUUCUCCGUGGAGCAGGGACACAACCUCUCCACUGGCAGCAGCAGCCACACUGAGUGGGCUGCCUGGGCACCUGGGCAUGCACAGAGCUGUUUGCUUUGGGAGGAAAAAACAAUUAGCUUGUUCCUCUGUCCUGGGAAAACAUCGUCAGGCAGCGAAGAGCAAAGGCAGCAAGUUUUCGGGGCAGCAGAGGGACCUUUGGGACCAGCACCGAGGAGCAGGCAAAGCCACCAGCUGCUGCCAUCUGAGCUCCAACACUUGCUGGGGUCCCCGUGGGGUGACGAGAGCAACAGGAAGGGAGUGACAGUGCAGCGGCCACCUCCACGUGACCCUCUGUCCCUGCUCCCGCUGGAGAGACCUGACAAGAGCCGGGCAGCUUCGUUGGACCCUGCCAAAAACUCAUGCAGGCGCGAGCACAGCCGGGCAGAAGCAGCAGCCUCAGCCCCAUGUCAUGGGGCACAGGGCAGCACCUGCCCCCCGGGCUCCCCAGGGCCACGCUGCGGAAAUCAGCAUCCAUGUACACUGAAAUACAGCGGGAGCGACCAGACAGUGGGAAUAUCCUGACUCAUCCAGACUACAUAGAUGGAAACCCAGACCUCAUCAAACCUAAAAAGCUCCUCAAUCCUGUCAAAGCCUCGAAGAGCCACCAAGAGCUGCACAGGGAGCUGCUGAUGAACCACAAAAGAGGUUUGGGCGUGGAGAGCAAACCAGAGCUGCAGCGCGUACUCGAGCACCGACGGCGAAACCAGCUCAUCAGACAGAAGAAGGAAGAGGAAGAGGCAAAGAAAUUGCAGUCUCCUUUUGAAAAAGAGCUAUUAAAGAGGCAUCAGAGGCUGGAUCAGUUGGAGAAAGAGCAGGAGAAGCAGGAAGACCAUGCACCAGAAUUCAUUAAAGUCAAGGAAAACCUGAGAAGAACAUCAACAGUGACUGGGGACGAGAAAGCAGCGUAGCUCCUGCCAAAACUCAACAGGGAUCCUACCAAGGCCGGCGCUGACACAUACAUGCUGAUAUCUCUGUACAUGGUGGACAUUCACAGCCGCAUCAUUGGGGCUAUUUAUGGUUAUUAACACUUGCUCCAGUAGAAGGCACAGAAAAGCUUUUCCCAGCCCAGGAAAGUAUCACUGUGGAAAAGGUGCAGUACUCAUGAAGGAAAUACUCACACAAGGAGAGGCAGAUAGAAACGGUGUUAUUUUCCCCCCAGGUGGUGGGUGCAUGCUAACCUCCAGCUAACUCCUGGUUAACCCUUGAGAUGCAGUGACUGUUUAAGCCAGGGAAGUCUGUGGUGGGACGGUUUGGGGGACCCCUGCUUCUUCCCAAAGACGGGCUUGCCAGGCACAAGGUGACAGGAGGGCAGCUGCAGCUCCAGAGAACCUCCUGGAAACCUGGUGUGGUAACUAAAAAGGACAAUCUUUAUAUUACUGAGAAGAGCCCAGACAACAAUAACAGCUUUCCCAAGGUAUUGCACCGGAGUGUGAGUCAAGCUUCGCCAACACCGUGUGUCCCAGCAGCACAUCUGUACCAUUAAAAUAUUACAAAAAUCAACCUCUGUGCACCCAUACCAAUGCAGCACAGGUAGGAGCAACCGAUCUUCACGAGCACCUUUAAACUGCAUUUCAAACCUCUCCAAAAACAGCUAUUUAGGCAGUUCUGCUCAGGCACAAGAGACAUUGAACUAACACCACCAGCACCCCGAGCGGGAGGGAAAUGCUGGGUGCAGAAAGCAACAGCUGGGUGUUUGCAGCGUGGGUGUUCAUGGAAGCAUGCAGUGAUGAGGCAGCAGAUCCCUGUGGAUGCAGCAGAUGGACAAACUGCUUCUUGCCCCUGGACUACUGAGUUUCAGCCCCUCACCCAGCAGCUGGACAUGUGCUACCACAGGCACCCACAAAAAUGUCCUGUGGUUGAGAGGUGGCAACGUGGUCACAUCAUACUGGUGUCAGGCUGCUGUAUUGGUGACCCUGCACACAGCUGAAGGCACUGCGAGCUAUGGGGCACAUAGGUGAUGAUGCAAAACUACUUGUCAGUGCUUCUCAUCCCCUUUUCCAGAGGUCAGAGCUGCCUCAUUUCAGUUGCCACCUUGCAAAGCUAAAAAUCUUCUUGCUCCUGAUACAGAAAAUCUGAGAUAGAUGGUGCAUUUGCAUCAUGUAUGGACACAUUAGUGGGACACUAGUGCCCUGAGGGGUCCCUAUCUAGAGCUAAAAUUGCUCCUUCAGGAAGAUCUCAGCUUCUUGCUUCUCACAUCAGCCCUGAUAUACAAAGCCUAAACACCUCACCGGCUGCCUUGGAACACAGGUUCUUGAAUGGCUCGAGUCAGCUGGGAAGGUAAAACCUGGUUAAACCAUAACUACUGUCCACAGCUUCAGCAGAUCAAUACAGGAAUUAAGGGAAACUGGGCAUUUGUCAUGUAUUUAUUUAAAAAUUACUAAUCCUUCCCCUAGUCUUCCCAGUUCAGUGGGGUGUUUCAUUUCAGAGGACUGUUACACAACCUGGCAGCUUGAGUAAAACACCUGAGUCAGGUGUCAAGACCAGUGAUACAGGUACAGGGCUUUCACAACAGGUUGGACUAUGAAAUCCCUUCACUCGGUUUCAGUCUUCGAGAGCCCCAUCUCAUGGCGCUGCCUCUGCGGUGGUUUUAUGGUCCUUUCUCAUCAUGCUGCUUCUAAACAGGUCUUUAUUUCAGAAAUCCAGUGUGUAUGGUCACUAUGGGCCAAAUAAGACCUGAAAAGAAGCUUUUCAUAUAGUUUCUCAUGAAAAAAUAAAAGGUGUUGCUGAGGAUGCUUGUACAUGGCUGUAUGAUACUCCAUAGAUAACAUCAGUUUAAAUAACAAGCCAGAAUUACUAUGCUGGGUUUUUGUGAGGGGUUAUGGCACAGAUCAAGUAACCUUGAUCAAAGAGCUCAAAAAAAAACCCAGAAAAAUCAGCAAAUUAAUUUGUAAUUUUGCCACAGAUGGAAAUGCACUCCAGGAGAGGCAAUCUGUCACUCCAUAUGCACCAGUGAAAUCAGUGUUACCAGCUCACCUGGGCUGGGACGGGGGCAUCUAUGCAAGUCCUUGGGUGGGAGCCACCCGGUAAGGUCUGGGUAAGCUCAGAGCAGCAACGCAAAGGUUGAAAAUAUUUUGCUGCUGUCUUCUUGAGUAUGGAACUAUUAUCUGGAAAAAAAGAGUAAAAAUAAAAAUCAAGGUAUCUCCCUUUGACGUAGUGUCUAAAAAGCACAAAGAGGGGCUGCGCACCAACACAGUCCAUGAUUGCUAAGGGGUGUCUGGGUCAUUUUCAGCUUUUCUCAGCCCUAUGAACUGGUACCCACCGCCCUGGCUGGGCUCAGACCCGCAGCCUGUACAACCUUCACCAAUGCUCUUGUGCUUCACGGUGCAGCAGCGUGGAGAUGGCACCCGAAAAACCACCAGCGUAAGCAGCACCAGGAACAUUUGGGGCUAUUUUGAUUCUAUUUUCUUUUAAAUGGAUUCCUUCCUAUGCCCCUAAAACACAUUCCUGAAUAAAUAUGGUGUACCCAGAAGAUACAGUAUUGAUGGAAGACAAUUUUUUGCACUGUAUGUGUUGCAUAUGUGGUAUAUAGUCUAUAUUGUGUGUUGGUGUUUUUACAUUUAUAUAAAAGUAUACGUCAUGCAACUCUACUUAAUUAACUUACACUGUUUAAUGUGGACAGUACUGAAGAAAUAAACUAAACAAUGGUUGUACAUUUUGCUCUUUUCCAUAAGGAAUUGAAAAAGCUUCAAGGAUACAAGCAGACAACAGCCAAAUAAACUGAUUGAACAUAAAAACCA